GGUGGCUGCCACGUACCCAUUGUGCACCCAGGCCCUUCGUAAGUGCUCGUUCCUGGGUGCUUUAGAUGGGCUCCAGCACUUAGGCUGGUCGGUGUUGUGGCCUCACGUGGAGAGCAGCAGGACUUCCAGCCAUCCAAGCAUCCAGAGCAGCUGAGUCCCACGUCAACAGCAGUGAGGGCCACUUCCUGCCACCCACAGACCUGGCCUUUAGGCUGCUCUGAAGCCAAUGAACCCCAUGCACCCCGUGAAACCUGCCCUGCCCCCCACGCCACACGGUGAUGGUCCAUUUGCUUAUGAGGCGGUGCCUUGGCAACAGAGCGCCACUCAGCCGGCGGGAUCACUGUCUGUGGUCACAACCGUGUGGGGCGUUGGGAACGCGGCCCAGAGCCAGGUUUUGGGGAACCCCAUGGGCCCUGCAGGGAGCCCCCCGGGUGGCUCUGUGAUGCCUGGCAUGGCUGGCAGCGGCUCAGCCCUGAAUUCCCCACAGUGCCUCGGACAGCAGGCAUUUGGUGAGGGUGCCGCCAACAAGGGCUUCGUGCAGCAAGGGGUGUACGGCCGUGGGGGCUACCCUGGGGGCCCCGGCUUCACUCCUGGGUAUGCAGGCGGCCCUGGGGGCCUGGGUCUACCCUCACAUGCCACACGACCCUCCACCGAUUUCACUCAGGCGGCGGCGGCGGCCGCGGUGGCUGCUGCUGCAGCCACCGCCACGGCCACCGCCACGGCCACCGUGGCCGCCCUCCAGGAGAAGCAGAGCCAGGAGCUGAGCCAGUACGGAGCGAUGGGGGCCGGGCAGGCUUUCAACAGCCAGUUCCUGCAGCACGGAGGUCCCCGGGGGCCCAGCGUCCCAAGCGGCAUGAACCCCACCAGCAUGGGAGGGCUGCUGGGCCCCUCUGGCCUGAGCCCCAUGGGCAUGAACCCCCCCCGGGCGGCAGGCAUGGCCCCCCUGUAUGCAGGGCAGCGCCUGCCCCAGCAUGGGUACGCUGGGCCCCCGCAGGCCCAGCCACUGCCCCGACAGGGGGUCAAGAGAGCCUAUUCCAGCGAGGUUUAUCCAGGGCAGCAGUACCUGCCAGGAGGCCAGUACGGGCCUAGUGCCACCCAGUACACGCCUGGCGCCGGACAGUCUUCUGCUCCCUCCUCCUACGCCGGCCACCGGCUGCCCUUGCAGCAGGGCCUGGCCCAGUCCCUGCCCGCCCCCGGCCCUGCAGGACUGCACUACAAGCCCACAGAGCAGUUCAACGGGCAGGGCACCAGCUUCAACGGGGGGAGCGUCGGCUACAGCCAGCAUGGCCUGAGUGGGCCCACCCGUUCCAUCCCUGGCUACCCCAGCUCCCCACUGCCGGGGAGCCCCACGCCGCCCAUGACCCCCGGCAGCAGCGUCCCCUACAUGUCCACUAGCCAGGAGGUCAAGUCUCCCUUCCUGUCCGACCUCAAGCCCAGCGUGAGCUCCUUACACCCGUCACCCCCCGCCUGCUCACACCUGCACGGCCUGCUCCCAGGCAGCGGCCCCUGCGACGAGCUGCGGCUGACCUUCCCCGUGCGGGACGGGGUGGUCCUGGAGCCCUUCCGCCUGCAGCACAACCUGGCUGUGAGCAACCACGCCUUCCAGCUCCGCGACUCCGUCUACAAGACCCUGAUGCUGAGGCCCGACCUGGAGCUGCAGUUCAAGUGCUACCACCACGAGGACCGGCAGAUGAACACCAACUGGCCGGCCUCCGUGCAGGUCAGCGUCAACGCCACCCCACUGACCAUUGAGCGCGGCGACAACAAGACGUCCCAUAAGCCCCUGUACCUGAAACACGUGUGCCAGCCAGGCCGCAACACCAUCCAGAUCACAGUCACAGCCUGCUGCUGCUCCCAUCUCUUCGUGCUGCAGCUGGUCCACCGGCCCUCCGUUCGCUCGGUGCUGCAGGGUCUCCUCAAGAAGCGCCUCCUGCCUGCCGAGCACUGUAUCACCAAGAUAAAGCGCAACUUCAGCAGCGGCACCAUCCCAGGCACCCCUGGGCCAAACGGCGAGGACGGGGUAGAGCAGACCGCCAUCAAGGUGUCCCUCAAGUGCCCCAUCACCUUCCGCAGGAUCCAGCUCCCCGCCCGCGGUCACGACUGCCGUCACAUCCAGUGCUUCGACCUGGAAUCCUACCUACAGCUCAACUGCGAGCGGGGGACUUGGAGAUGCCCUGUGUGCAAUAAGACAGCGUUGCUGGAAGGCCUGGAGGUAGACCAGUACAUGCUGGGCAUUCUCAUUUACAUUCAGAACUCCGAUUACGAGGAGAUCACCAUCGACCCCACGUGCAGUUGGAAGCCGGUGCCGGUGAAGCCAGACGUGCACGUCAAGGAGGAGCCGGACGGGCCCGUGCUGAAGCGCUGCCGCACUGUGAGCCCUGCGCACGUGCUCAUGCCCAGUGUGAUGGAGAUGAUUGCAGCCCUGGGCCCCGGGGCCGCCCCCUUCGCCCCCCUGCAGCCCCCCUCAGCCCCAGCUCCUGGUGACUACCCCAGCCAGGCUUCCAGCUUCCUGGGACCCGGGACUUUCCCCGAUUCCUUCCCGCCCGCCACGCCCAGCACCCCAGCCCUUCCGGAGUUCACUGCGGGGCCGCCCCCCAGCUCCUACCAAUCUGACCUUCCCAGCAGCCUCCUGACCCCAGAGAAGUCUACCCCCUGCCUCCCAGGCCAGAUGGCACCAGCGGGUCACCUGGACCCAGCCCACAACCCCGGGGCGCAGGGCCUGCACGCCCCCAGCCUUGGGGGGCCCCCCGGGGCCCAGCUGCACCAUGCAAACCCUCCCCCAGCAUCCCGGCAGCCCCUGGGCCCAGUGAGCUCAGGCCCCCUCGGCGAGCUGGGCUUCAGUGCGGCCGCAGGCGUGAUGGGGCCCCCCAUGUCUGGGGCGGGGGAGGCCCCGGAACCGGCCCUGGACCUGCUCCCAGAACUGACCAACCCUGAGGAACUGCUGUCCUACCUGGGCCCACCUGACCUCCCCACAAACAACAAUGAUGACCUGCUCUCUCUCUUCGAGAACAACUGAUCCUGUAGACCCCCCCCCCAGCCGGCGGGGACUCGCCCGCAGACGUCACCAUGCCCUGCCCCUCCCCACCUGCGUACCUGGAGCCAGGGCCUGCCCCAGCCCCCCAGCCCCUGACACUGGAGGCAGCCGCGCCGGGUGGGCACCUCGCCCCCCACCCCCUCCGCUGCGGAAUGGUGUCAGGAGAUGCUCAGCUCCCCUCCAUCCACCGCCCCCAGCCCAGCUUUGCCCCACCCAUGAGCACCUGCUACCCAGACCUCAAGCCUCGCCCCCUGUCCUUCCAACCCCGCCUGCUCCCGCCAGCCUGCAUUUUGUCCAGCGUCCACCCUUCUGUUCCAGCUACCCCUUGGCUCAUGGCGAGGAGCAAGGCUGCUCUGUCCCCAGGCCUGAGCUCACAGAGGGCGGGGGUCCCUCUCCCCCCAGGAGCUUCGGGCUUUCAGGCUAGGGCUGCAGGGUGGGGGCUUCUAAAGCACAACUGUGGACGUAGAGUAGGGACAGUAAGAGCUGUAGACGGCCAGUCCCUCCCGUGCUGUCAGGGCCCCCGUGGGCCGCUGCCCCCUCCUGGGUGCAACAGUUAGGGGUGACCGCUCAGACGCAUCUCUGAGUGCAGAUGCUCCUGCGGGCUGUUCCUCUGGGAUCCCCUUCUCCGUGAAGUGAAGAAUCAGUCCCACUGUUUUUAAAACUGCCUCUCCAGUGUCCACCCUGGGGCCAAGCCAGGUGGGGGGAGGGGCCACUGCAUCCACUGGCCCAGGGCCGAGUCGUGUACCCUGUCUGCCCGUCUCUAUUAAAGGACUUCCUCACAGUGGG